CUAUGUUAUGACAGACUUUUUAAGUAUAAAAGACGAGAAAGCUUGCGGUUAUCAUGGCAAAAAUGCCACACAAAGACAGACUGCUUGUUUGGACUACUGUGUAUUGCAUAACCAUCCACUUCCCAGGUGAGCUGGAGCCUAUCCCAGCGGACUACACCCUGGACUGGUCGCCAAAUGUGUCUUUUAGCAUGUCUUACUCUCUGUUUGUCCCGCCCCCUAUCGGUCUCUCGGAGGCAGGGGUGCCUUGGAAAAAAUUCACAGUCAAGUAGGCGGGACGUGAUGUGAUGGUAUUCUGCAGCUUUGGCGCCCUCAUCUUUUUGUACCAGGAUGUCAAGGAGCAGCUACGGCAAAGGAUGCAGCACAGAGGAAGACUAGGAUGUUGGAUGGAUGAAAAAGGCAGAUCUGCGGCAGGAAGAGCCACGUACGCUUCCAAACGGCGUGACUAGUCUCCGGGAGCAACGUGGAGCGAGGGAGGGCUAGGGAAAAGGAACUAGUGGAGGGGGGAGGGCAGGCAAUUCAGCGCAGUGCGAGCUGACUGGAUGAGUGGCAGCAUCAGCACCACUAGCUGUAGCAUCUUCCUCUGCUGCUGCCGCCUGAGGCUGACGUGUGACUUGUGGCUACUGUAGCAUCUCCACCAGCUGCACGUAGAGACAAACAAAAACGACGUGGUCACACAUGCACGCAGAAGGGUGGUUGUAAGGGACGAAGGAGGGUGGGAGGGAGGGAGGGAGAGGGGGGGCUCGGGGGAACGACUGGUGGGGCUGGAGCGACGGCGACAGGAGUAGCAGCAGCAGCAGUGUAGCAGCAGUGUAGCAGCGGCACCACCAUGGCGCAAGCCGCCAAGCAGCUCCGCAAGACCAAGGACCUCGCAGAGGCCGCCGCCCAGGAGCAGCGGGAGAAGGAGGAGGAGAAGAUCAAAAAGAGGAAUCGAUCCAGAGACCGCAGGCGCAAGGCCGAUGCAGCCACCAGCUUUCUGCGUGCAGCUCGUUCAGGCAACCUGGACAAAGCUCUGGACCACAUCAAGAAUGGAAUAGAUAUCAAUACAGCAAAUCAAAAUGGCCUCAAUGGGUUGCAUCUGGCAUCUAAAGAGGGUCAUGUGAAAAUGGUCCUGGAGCUCCUUCACGCUGGCAUUGAACUGGAGGCCACCACCAAGAAAGGCAACACGGCUCUCCAUAUCGCAGCGCUGGCAGGCCAGGAGAAAGUGGUGGCUGAGCUUGUCAAUUAUGGAGCUAACGUCAAUGCCCAGUCGCACAAAGGAUUCAGUCCUCUCUACAUGGCAGCCCAGGAGAAUCACCUAGAGGUGGUCAAGUUCCUGCUCGAGAACGGUGCCAAUCAGAGUCUCCCGACCGAGGACGGCUUCACUCCUCUGGCGGUAGCCCUCCAGCAGGGCCAUGAAAAUGUUGUAGCGCUGCUCAUCAACUACGGCACCAAAGGCAAGGUCCGCCUCCCCGCGCUACACAUCGCUGCCCGAAAUGACGACACACGCACCGCAGCAGUGCUCCUGCAGAACGACCCCAAUCCUGACGUUCUCAGCAAGACUGGUUUCACACCUCUCCACAUCGCAGCCCACUAUGAAAAUAUGAGCGUCGCCCAGUUGCUGUUGAACAGAGGAGCCAACGUAAACUUCACCCCAAAGAAUGGCAUUACACCCCUUCAUAUCGCCUCCAGGAGGGGCAAUAUGAUGAUGGUCAGACUCCUGCUGGACAGAGGGGCCCAGAUCGAUGCCAAAACAAAGGAUGAACUGACUCCGCUUCACUGUGCAGCCAGAAACGGACACGUUCGCAUUAUUGAGAUCCUGCUGGAACACGGCGCUCCCAUCCAAGCUAAAACCAAGAACGGUCUGUCCCCCAUCCACAUGGCAGCUCAGGGGGAUCACAUGGACUGUGUAAGACAGCUACUCCAAUACAACGCAGAGAUUGACGAUAUCACGCUGGACCACUUAACCCCUCUUCAUGUAGCAGCACACUGUGGUCACCAUCGCAUGGCCAAAGUCCUUCUGGACAAGGGCGCCAAAGCCAAUGCUCGAGCUCUGAAUGGUUUCACACCUCUCCAUAUUGCGUGCAAGAAGAACCACAUGCGGUCGAUGGACCUGCUGCUCAAACAUUCUGCUUCCUUAGAAGCUGUCACAGAGUCUGGCCUGACUCCUCUUCAUGUAGCAGCUUUCAUGGGCCAUCUGAGCAUAGUCAAGAACCUGCUCCAGAGAGGGGCUUCUCCUAACGCUUCCAAUGUUAAAGUGGAGACUCCCCUCCACAUGGCCUCCAGAGCAGGACACUGUGAAGUUGCGCAGUUUCUGCUGCAGAAUGCAGCACAAGUGGACGCCAAGGCGAAGGAUGAUCAGACCCCUCUUCACUGUGCGGCGCGUAUGGGACACAAGGAGCUGGUCAAGCUGCUACUUGAGCACAAGGCUAACCCUGAUUCAUCUACGACAGCAGGCCACACACCCUUACACAUCGCUGCACGUGAAGGACACAUUCACACCAUUCGUAUUUUGUUAGAUGCUGGAGCACAACAGACCAAAAUGACCAAGAAAGGCUUCACCCCCCUCCACGUGGCCUCUAAAUACGGAAAGGUGGAUGUAGCAGAGCUCCUUCUCGAGAGAGGCGCCAACCCCAACGCAGCGGGCAAGAACGGUCUGACACCCCUUCAUGUGGCGGUUCACCACAACAACCUGGAUGUUGUUAAACUCCUGGUCAGCAAGGGAGGAUCCGCACACAGCACUGCACGAAACGGUUACACCCCCUUGCAUAUAGCGGCCAAGCAGAACCAGAUGGAAGUGGCCAGUUGCCUGCUGCAGAAUGGGGCGUCGCCCAAUGCCGAGUCCCUCCAAGGAAUCACGCCUCUGCACCUGGCUUCGCAGGAGGGACGACCCGACAUUGUAGCUCUGCUCAUCUCCAAGCAAGCCAAUGUAAAUUUAGGAAACAAGAAUGGAUUGACCCCUCUGCAUCUUGUAGCACAGGAGGGUCACGUGGGCAUCGCUGACACGCUGGUGAAACAGGGAGCGUCUGUUUACGCCGCUUCACGGAUGGGCUACACUCCCCUUCAUGUGGCCUGCCACUACGGUAACAUUAAGGUGGUCAAGUUCCUUCUGCAGCAGCAGGCUCACGUGAAUAGCAAAACAAGGAUGGGCUACACCCCUUUGCACCAGGCAGCUCAGCAGGGUCACACUGAUAUUGUCACCCUGCUGUUGAAACACGGAGCACAGCCCAAUGACAUCACGUCGAAUGGGACAUCUCCACUGGGCAUUGCAAAGCGUCUGGGUUACAUCUCUGUCAUCGAUGUUCUCAAACUGGUGACUGAGGAAUCUGUUUCUGCGAUCACGACAGAGAAGCAUCGGAUGAGUUUUCCUGAGACAGUGGAUGAGAUCUUGGACGUCUCUGAGGAUGAAGGUGUUGCCCAGCUAACGUUAGGAGACGAGCUGCUUGGCAUGGACGGAGCGCGCUAUUUGAAGCUCGACGACUUCAAGGAUCAAGACGAUGACUUUCUCUCCCCGAAGAAGACUCUCCGAGAUUUUGAGGGAGGUGUGGGAACCACGCCGUAUUCUCCCGCCAUUCCCAGGAUCCCUUGUGUUUCGCCAGAGACCGUUCUUCUCGAUCAGCACACCCCCAUCCCACUGCCAAAGGAGUAUGACGAAGACUCUCUCAUCCCGAGCAGUCCAGCGACAGAAACCUCAGACAACGUCAGCCCUGUGGCCAGCCCCAUUCACACUGGCUUCCUGGUAAGCUUCAUGGUGGACGCUCGUGGAGGCUCCAUGCGAGGCAGCAGACAUCACGGCCUGCGAGUGAUCAUCCCUCCUCGGACGUGCGCUGCGCCGACGCGCAUCACCUGUCGUCUGGUCAAACCUCAGAAACUGACCACGCCCCCUCCUCUGGUGGAGGGGGAGGGCCUCGCCAGCCGCAUCAUCUCCCUAGGUCCAUCCAGCAUGCAGUUUCUCGGGCCAGUUAUAGUGGAGAUCCCACACUUCGCCUCGCUAGCUCGGGGGGACCGAGAGCUUGUGGUCCUCCGCAGUGAGAACGGCUCGGUCUGGAAAGAACACCGGAAUCGCUAUGGCGACGAAGUGCUGGAAACUAUUUUGAAUGGCAUGGAUGAAGAGCUAGAAAGUCAAGAGGAGUUAGAAAAGAAGAGAAUCCGCCGGAUCAUCUCCACCGACUUCCCCCUGUACUUUGCCGUGGUUUCCCGAAUUCAACAAGAGAGCGAUCUGAUUGGACCAGAGGGCGGGCGGCUGACCAGUAAACUCGUACCGCACGUUGAGGCCAUCUUCCCAGAGACAGCUGUAACCAAAAGAGUGAGACUGGGCCUGCAGGCCCAGCCCAUCCCUGACGAGCUGCUGACUCGACAACUUGGCAACCAGGCGACCUUCAGCCCAGUGGUCACCAUCGAACCACGCAGACGCAAAUUUCACCGUCCAAUCGGCCUCCGGAUUCCACUUCCACCGUCCUGGCGAGAGAGUCCUCGCGAUGCUGGGGAGGGUGACACCACCAGCCUGCGCCUCCUCUGCAGUGUCAUUGGUGGGACAGCACCUGCACAGUGGGAGGACAUCACUGGAACCACCAAGCUGAUGUAUGCAAACAGCUGCGCCAACUUCACCACCAAUGUUUCUGCAAGAUUUUGGCUAGCCGAUUGUCCCCGUACCGCAGAGGCUGUGACCUUUGCCAAUCUGCUGUACCGUGAACUCAUGGCAGUACCUUAUAUGGCUAAGUUUGUCAUAUUUGCAAAAAUGAAUGAAGCGCGGGAAGGACGGUUGCGUUGUUACUGCAUGACCGAUGACAAGAUGGACAAGACGUUGGAGUUGCAUGAAAACUUCACCGAGGUAGCAAGGAGUCGAGACAUUGAGCUAAUGGAGGGCAUGCCGCUGCACCUGGAAUGUUCUGGAAACCUGGUACCAAUCAGGAAGGCCACGCAGCAGCCUCGCAGCUUCAGCUUCCAGGCCUUCAGAGAUAACCGGCUGCCUGUUUCUGUCAAGGUCAGAGACAGUAACAAGGACGCCACUGGCUUUUUGUCCUUUCUGAGAAAGUGCACCAAAUAUGAGGAUGCGCAGCAUGUGCUCUGUAACCUCAACAUCGCCAUGCCACCGUGUGUCAAGGUCGUUGGAAGUGAAGAACGCAGGCGAACUUUAACCCCUCUGGCUCUGAGGGAGCGCUACAGUGCACUGAAUGAGCCCAGUUUGGCUAUAGUGAACGCAAUGGAGAGGACUGAAAUCAAAAUAAACAUCAUAUCGGAGCAACUGGGCUUAAGCUGGGCAGAGUUGGCAAGAGAGCUCCAGUUUGGCGUGGAUGACAUCAAUAGGAUCCGCGUGGAGAAUCCCAACUCACUGCUGGACCAAAGCUCCACCUUACUCAAUCUAUGGGCCAGCAGAGAGGGCAAGAGAGCCAAGAUGGAGAGCCUGUACACUGCUUUGAAGAAUAUUGAUCGUGCAGACAUUGUGAGCUCUCUGGAGGGUCAGGCCACGCAACUGGCACCCGGGUCUUCAGAGGAGGGCGCCUGCCGACUGGGUGAUCGCGACUCCGCCUUGCUGUCGCCCAGUGUCAUCAAUGAGGUCACGGACACAAGGCCAUCGCGCCUGGUGCGCAAGCCGCAGGUUAUUAGACCCCCGUUUAUCAGGAGGGCUCUUCCUGUCCGACCUCUGACCCCAUGUGACCUCAUGUUGAACCUCCGGGCCUCCUCCUCCUCCUCUCAUUAUAUUUCCCCGCGCUCCUCCCUCAUUCAGUCCAGCGGGGGACCGUCUCCUCCUCUCUCAGUCCAGCUCUGUGUGUGUUCUACAGUUUGUGCAUGUGCAUGUGCACGCUUUUGCUGUUAUAUGAUAUGUUUGUGUGUGCGAGGUGUCCGUAAAUAUUUGCAAGGAUUUAAGUUUGAAUGCACGGGGUGUAUUUUAUCAGCCUUGCACUGUAAACUAGCUUCAACGCAGAUACAACCAAGAGAAGUUGUGUGUAAUUCAGAGUGUCUAGAACAAAAUGCUGUACAGAUGUGCUGUUUUCUGUUUCUAAUUUGCAUGGCAUGACGUUUCCUUCACUGUGUACAAUGUUUGUUUUUUUUCUUUGUUUACUAUUCAACAAUGUCUUUUGGUCUUCAAUGCGUUAUUAACAGAUCAAGUGUGCCGUUUUCUUUUUCUGUGAAAUAAAUGGUGUGUUUUUGAUGUUACGCUGUGACACAUAAUCAGCUGUGCAGCACGUAACGCUCCCGCAAGGUGGCUGUGACGCCAUGUUUUUUCAUUCAUGGGCAAAACGACUAUUUAAAGACUGUAUUAACAGCAAAUGCAUGGUGUUAGUUCGGCCAAGGGUGUCCAGAGUGCUGUCCGCGGCUUGUUUUUUAUUGGCCAUUGGCAUAUUAAAAUCAAAUAAAGCAAAAAGGCACAAUGUCUUGCACUUCAUUACCGAUACCGAUGUUGGCACAGCUCUUCCCUCAAAAUAAUGUCGUGUCUGCUUCUCUUACUGUGAUGCCACAGGAUGCAUUUAACAAAUAAACACUCUGUGUGCAAAAUUACACCAGUUUAUAUGAAACAUUUUGUCUCAACCAGUCAUUAAGUAAAUAUCAUGACCAAUAGUCUAGUAUGAUAACAUGUCCUACCAUCAGCAGCAACCACACAAUUAGGAAAGCUGCACAUUUCUAUGUUGCACAAACAUCCAUAUAAGAAUAAAGUGAAACUCUGGACUAAUACAAUCAGUGAAAUUAAAAAGACGUUCUCGCUGGGUCGGGUAUUUUAUGUGAUUCCUUCUGAGGUGUGAUGUUAAAUUAGAAGUAUCAAGGCAGGACAAAGUGUGGCCUGAGGGCCAUUUAUGGCCUGCGUGGGCCAAAAAUAAAAAUUAAGAAAAUGGGAAAAAAACGAGGACUAAUUUUACAAGAAUGCGGACGAAAUGUUAAGAGAGCGAAAUCAUCAGAUGAAAAGAAACAAAUAGGAUAAAUUUGAAAUAUUAAAGGGAAAAAAAUCAUUACAUGAGAAGCAAACAAAACAAAAAAUAAAGUUGCAAUUUUUGGAAAAUUUAUUUGGGGGAAAGUUGUAAUAUUCCGAUAAUAAAGUCCAAAAAUAUUAAGAGAAUAAAGCCAUAGUAUUGAGAGACUAAAAUCACCAUAUUAAGAGAAAUAAAUAGCAUAAAUGUGAAAUAUUAAGGGUAAAAAAAGUCAUAUGAGAAGCAAACAAAACAAAAAAUAAAGUUGCAACUUUUGGAAAAUUAGGUUGGGAAAACGUUACAAUAUUAUGAUAAUAAAGUAAAAAAAAAGUCUUUUUUUUUUGGCCUUUUUACAAAAAUAAAACCUUUGAUUUUUUUUAGUAUGCAGCCCACGGUGGAAAAGGUUUGGACACCCCUACUGUUGCACCCUGCCUUCCUCUGUGACACCGAAGCGUAUUUGAUAUUUUUAACUAUUUUUUUAAAAGGAAGUUGGCACACCGUAUGUGUUAAAAUGCCAUUUUAUUCUACAGUGUUUGCCCAGGUUUGAUGACAAAGUCACCGUCACCAUUGUUUGAGUGUUAUCUCCUAAGUGUGAGUGAUGAUUGUUAUCUUUCGUUUGGAUUGUCUGUGACUAUUUUUGUAUAUAUACAAGCCUCACCUGUGGGCUUAAAGUAUUUGUCCUCAUCUGUAUUCCAAUGUGAGUGCAAUUGUGUGUGUAUGAAUGGCGUUUAAUGAAUAGCGUGCUGUGCAUUUUCCGUUGCUGUUGUUGUUCUGUGCUACAACAGUCCUUGUGCAGUACCAUAGUUCAUUUCAGCUUCAUCAUAUUUUGUGAUCCUGUGCCUUUGACGCGCGCAAUUGUGUGUGUGUGUGUGUGUGUGUGUGUAUAUGUGUGUCUAAAUAGUAGGAGUGAAGGGAAGGGCAAGUACAUAUUCAUCACAUUCAUUCUAACGCUCAUUCCAGUUCUGACCCACAUCUCCAUGCUCACCUCAUUCUGAAGCCAUCUGUCAUCGUCCUGGCCCUGCAACAUCCCAGAAACACACACACACACAAACCCACACACCCACACACAUACUCAUAGAAAAUUGGGUAGAUUUUCAUCCGUGCGUCCUAUAACGUCUGAGUCGAGUUGGCCUGUUUCAGUUUGUAGUCAGGUUACAACUGAAGAUAGCACUUUUAGUAAACACAGCGGCCUUAGUUAUCUCCACUAAAUAAUUUACGUUUUUAAAGAUUGUUAAAUACCUUCCCAUAUAUUGAAUUAAAACCAUUUUUAUUAUAGCAUCAUAGCUUAUAGUAUUAUGACAUUAUGCUCUUAAACAUUUUUGUCGUAAUGUUACAAUUUACAAUACAAGUCAUAUUAUGACUUUAUUCUAAUAUUUGUACUUCAUUCUCGUAAAAUUACUGCUAUUUUUCCUAUUUUCUUGUUGCUUUUGUUAGUUUUUCUUGAUUAAUUGUAGUUUUUAAAUGUGUCAAGGGCUAAAGAUAAAAAAAACUAUCGUGGGCCACAAAUCCAAAUAUGACACACAGUGUUCCCUUGUUUAUUGCAGGGGAUAGGUGCAAUUAUAUGUGUGUAUGUAUAUGUAUAUAUAUAUAUAUAUGUAUAUGUGUAUAUAUAUAUAUGUGUAUAUAUAUAUAUAUGUAUGUAUAUGUAUAUAUAUGUAUGUAUAUGUAUAUACAGUAUAUGUAUAUAUGUAUGUAUAUAUGUAUAUACAGUAUGUAUAUGUAUAUAUAUGUAUAUAUAUAUGUAUAUGUAUAUAUAUGUGUAUAUAUGUAUAUGCACAUAUGUAUAUGUAUAUAUAUAUAUAUAUAUGUGUGUGUGUGUGUGUGUUUUAAUGCUGUAAAAUCCCUCACUAUACACUUUAUACGCUUUUCUCAGACAAGCAUUAACAUUUUAUGACAUUUCUCUCCUGUUUAGACACUCUCUAAGUUCAAAUUUUGUUUGAAUUUCAAUGAUCAAUCUACUACUAGGUUGGAUACAUGAAAUGUGACUCACGCGUAUUCACUCCUCUUACCUGGCGCCGUUUGACUUCUGCCGUCGUCCUCCUCCUCCUCGUCCUCCUCCUUGAACCGAACAUUCAUUUAGCCGGUCUUCUUCUUAUUAUUAUUAUUAUUAUUAUUAUUAUUAUUGUUCUUAUUGUUCUUAUUGUUCUUAUUGUUCUUAUUAUUCUUAUUAUUGGCGGUUAGAAAGCAGCUCAGUUAGCUACUUUGCUAGCGACUAUUGACCACAACAGGAUACUGCACGAAGGAGAUUGAUCGACAAUGGUCUACAGCCAAUCAGGACGCAGAACACAAUGGCCGGGUUCUCCCUUAGCCAAUAAGGACUGCUGUGGCUCUAUAUUAAGCCGUCUAUUUUCUACUGUGGGUUAUAAUAUGCUUACAGGCACGUCAACACAUACUGAGACAAGUGGGGCUGCACACGUCUUCAACAUGAGCAUACAACACCCUCUACUGGUAGCAAUAGUAAAUACAAUAUUGCCUUUUUGUCACUCGAAGGCAAUAUUCUGCUCAACCACAUCCCACGGGUUUUUCAUUACAAUGAGUCCUUCAGGCAGACCCUAUUGUCACAUUGAACGAACUAGCAAAAGAGACAAUACGUGCUAUCCUGCCAAGAAACCGGUCUAUAUUCACAGCCUCAACUGUUCAUACAAAGCCACACGGAUUUAAUGUCACUGACCCUGAAUCCUGACACUGCCUUCUGAAUAUCUUUGUAAAAGUCACAUUGCCCCUCGCACCACCUUUCCAAUCUUCCACUGCCAAAUGGGGUCGGUCAUUAUGAAAAGACUUUGGUCAAUCCUAUUAGCGCCUUUCCUGCCCUUUUCCACUGAGAAUGUCAAAGUUAAAGACUAAGAGACUAAACUUGUUUACCCUUCAACAUGCAGCGGCUCUUAAACAUGCCUGCAAGCGUGCAUACAUUUUGUUUCAAGUCAAGUUAUUCCAAUAUUCUAAUUGGUUUGCUGUGCUAGUACAGUUCAUUUUGUCAAGUGUGAACACAGUCCAGGAGCAAACAGGGGGACAGAGAGAUGGGUUUCGGUCUGCCUGCAAUGCAUCAUAACACUGGAUAUGACGUCACCAAAUGAAUAACCAGGCAAUACCUAGCAACAUCCAACAGAGAGCUGAGUGCAGAUUAUCAAAAAAUAAGAGUUAAAUGUAAGCCCAGAAGUGUAAAUACAGUAGUUAAACGUACCUGGCUUUUUCAACAAAGGUGUCCUGUCGCUCAUUACGGUUUGCAUUCUUUCUUUUGUGUAUCAUCAGAUGGCCAACUCAGUGUCAUGCAGCCACAACCUCGUUUUUGGUCCCAGCUUCUGAAAGUGGGCUGUAUUGUUGGCUGAUUAUAUGCUCAGCAGUCUAUUCAGGUUCGCCUCAUUGGCAUGCCGCACUGUCCCCACUUCUUCAAAGAUGUCUUGAAGUGGCCGACGCCAGGUGUGUAAACAUUUCAGCAAGGUCCACAGGUGGCGAAGCGGGUUUUGUCAUUUUACACCUUGGGUUCCUGAUGUAUUAUUGUUGGGUGCUGGAGGGCCCAACAGUCUCCAACGUCAGUUUCUAGUCAGGCCUCCCUGGGCAAGUCCUCACGGACAGACUGUAGCAUCUCUUCUGCUGCCUUGUUCUAGGGAUGGAGAAACUUGAGCCUGCCUGGUGUAGCCAGUGUUAUUUAGGUUUUGUGCAUGAUGUCCCAGUCAUACUACUGGGCUUUUCUUGCCGGUGUGAGGGUAGCUACACCCUGUCAGAGACUGGCCGGGGAAAUUCCAGCAAGGACUGACAGAUAGGAUACAGGGGUGGAUUUCAGACAGCCGAUUACUAUCCGGAGGGCACUGUUGAAGACAGGAUCUACCUUGUUCAUAUGUGGACUUCUGCUCCAGGCAGGGGAACAGUAUUGGACUAUGGGUAGGACAAGCACUUGCGUGGAUAUGCGGAGGGUUUGGGGGGAAGCUCACCAAGUCGAACCUGCCAGGCGGCAGAUGAGCUAUUACUUCGGCCUUCCCUUGAUCCAGGUGUUGAUUUUAGGACAGUGUAACGUAUGGCUGUGCAGUUGUAUGUUGGUAAAGCUCGUUCCCUGAACCUUAAGACCCAUGCUGGGCGUUGAGGUGACGCUUCAGGCCUUUAGCUUGACGCCAAGUGCUCUCGACUCUCAUUCCGACAUUCGAGCCCCCGGCAGGUCACAGGGGCUGAACCAGGCGGGUUACACAAGCGUUGCUGAAGUUGUCAGACCCACUGUCUCCUUGCAGCACAUUUCCGGGAACCUUUUUAGGGAACAUCUCAACUGGUAAGAAAGGCAAGUCCUACAAGUGUAUGUGACCCGAAAGUCAUCAUGUUGUUUUGGGUGUGUGAGGUUGUCAGACAAUGUACACGUCACAUACACCGUCCAAUGUCCAUAUGCUUAACUGAGAGCAUUUUUUGGUCCGCUGACAGAAAUACAAGUGUGAAUCUUAAGUAGGCCACGCUGAAGUAUCUUUUUAAAAUUUUUGGUCCGGACCAGAGUACCGGACUUAAAGUGUGAACGUACCGGUAGUUUGUGUACCUCACGAAAUGUUUAGUGAAUGUAUGAUUGCUGGUUUGAGUGUGUGUGUGUGUAUAUGAUGGCAUGUUUGGGAUAAUUUAUUAUGCAUGACACUUACAGUUACUUUGCCUAUCUUCCAUGAUGGGACAUGUUAGAAUGGUUGGAACGAUACUAAAGCUGCUGGAAUGUUGUGGAAACCUUCUGACAGUCAGCCAAAAAAAAACACAAAAACUUGAGAAAUGUAUCGUACAUGAAUCAGAGAGAGCAGUUAAACCAAUCAGUCUACUGAAUAACAGUCCAUUAUUUAGGAGAUUUGAAUGACUGAAAUUAGAAUUCAUUUCCCCAAAAACACUACACCAAUAUCGUGCCAACCCCGUGAGGAAAAUACAGGCGGAGCUUUCUUUUCCUCUCAGUCUGGUCUCCUUUGUCACUUUGUGGCAGUCAUAGCCUUGUGCUGUCACAGAGACUGAUGACUCAGCAAAUCCCGUACCCCUACCCUCAACUCACUGUGUCCCAAUGGCAGUAACCACCUUACCUUUCUUGACAUCAGACCCUUAAAGACUUUUUUCCCUCAACUUUCAAAACGUACUUACUUUGUUUUUAAUUAGGGUAUUUGGAUUCUGAAUAACUUUUUGAUUAGGACUGACUUCAGGCUUUAGCAGCUUUAUUGGGACAGGGCUGAGCUACUCUGUUUCCAUGAAACUGCGUUUCCACCAAAUGAUACAGUUUAUCUCGACUUGCCAUGGUGUAGUUUGGAUCAGAUCUACAUACAGUAGGCUGGGAUGAACUACGUAUGUAACGGGACUAAUAAUGUGUUAUUGUAAGAAUAUAACCUUCAUUUCGGAAACUACACUUUUUUUGUAUUUCGGCAAGCUUACUAAUGUUCCAAUUAUCUUUCGACCAAUCUGCAGAUUUUAGUGUGUUGUUCUCCUCCCUAUCUUAUUGUGUUUGGUAGCUUCUGACCAAUCAUUACACCCAAGGUAUGGCAUGUACUAUUCACGUGAUGAAUAAGACACACAGCAAUAGCAUUCUGUCAUGCGCUCCAAAAUAAAAACUCCUGUCCGCCAACCAAUACACACCCAUCCAUCCAUCCAUCUUCUGCCACUUAUCCGAGGUCAGGUUGCAGUAGCCUACACAGGGAAGCCCAGACUUCCCUCUCCUCCAGCUCCUCCCAGUGGAUCCUGAUGCAUUCCCAGGCCAAUUGACAGACAUAGUCUCUCCAAUGUGCCCUGGGUUUUCCCUGAAGCCUCAUACCGGUCGGACGGGAGGCAUCCUGACCAGAUA